GUCCACACAAUGCCAUCCAAGGAGCUUGGUGGACGUAAGGGUAUGGUUGCUGCUCCAUGGGACAAUGUGCUCGUUGUGGUGGAUAGUGUAGCUUAUCAAGAGCUAGGCGGAUUUGCUGGAUUAUGCAUCACUGAGCUUCACAUAAUAUUCAACCUUCCUCCCCACCAUGGCAACAUCAGAGAACCAUUGGUGUAUGUCCAUUGGUAUUACAAGUUAAACAUCAAUGUGGUCGAGCCAAAUUCAAGCAUGUUCAAGGUGUCCAUGUCCACCCGC